CGAGGGCCCAUAGUUGUGAGGCAACCGAGGCAAUCGCUCUGCUAUUCGGAUACCAAGCCCAGUCCAGUCAGUGCCUCCGCCAUUGCGCCCGCGGGCCGCCGCGUUUCCCGCGUAACCGAACCACAGACAACAUAGUGUUUCCCGAAUAUUCCCGCGCAAAGGUAAUAGUGUAGUACCGUUUUAAUUAUUUUGUGUUAAAUACUUUUUUGUGAAGUGUUCCAGUGUGCCACAUUUGUUUGUGCAGGUUCACGCGGAUUGUUGCUUUUGUUAUUUGUUUGCUUUGAGUUUGGAGUUUGUGCCCGCUGUUUUUUGUUGUAGAUACUUUAGUACUUAGGUACUGAGAUAAAAGAAGAAGAUGAAGUGGUUAUUCCUUCUGUUGGCGCUGGCCUUCGUCAGCGGAGAGGAGACCUGUCUCUCCGUGCAGGAGGACCCUUACUUCCUGUUCGGCACGAAGACUGCUUACACCUUCGCUAACAAGGACAUCCCUACUGCAAGAACUCAUGAUAUACCUGGCUGCCAACCGAUUGCCUUCUGGUUGGUGAACCGACAUGGCUCCCACAAACCCGAAGCGGAUGAAAUAGUGGAACUGCAGAAACUAGGGGAUUUGAAGAACAACAUCGUCACCAACUACAGGAAUGGCAACUUUAGGAACACCAAUCAACGCAUGUGCUCAUCAGAUCUCAACCUAUUGGAACAAUGGCGAUGGGACGACAGACAUAACCUGACGUUCGCCGGAGAUCUCACUUCUGAUGGGUACAUGACCACACAGCAGUUUGCACAAGCCUGGAAGCAAAGGUUCCCUGGACUUAUGACGUCCAGUGGCCAGAACUAUUUGUUCAAGUUUGUGAAUGAUCAACGUUCGAGCAACACCUUCAAGUCGUUCACUGAAGGUCUCUUCGGCGACCAAGCGGAGAGCCUCGAUAUACCCAGGGAAAAUGACGAAAAAUUGCUUAGGCCUUUCAAGUUCUGCCCAGCGUGGAACAAGAGCGUCGAAGAGAACAAUGACACGAUGUCACAGCUGAACAUCUUCGAAUCCAAGAUGGAAUUCAAAGAGAUGAUCAGCAACAUCUCCCUUCGGCUGGGCUUCAACUACGACAUUCAGAAGGAGAUCGUUCUCCGUAUCUACGAGAUGUGCCGCUACAACAAGGCGUGGGAUGUCAGCAAGAUAUCGCCCUGGUGUGCCGCCUUCACCCGUGAAGACCUCAAACGUCUGGAGUAUGCUGAAGACUUGGAAACGUACUACAAAUACGGCUACGGAUCUCCAAUGAACAAGGACGUUGGAUGCACCUUCGUCAAGGACAUGAUGACCUUCUUCGAGAGACAUGUUGGCAACAAUGACCAGCCUCAAAAGCCUCGCGCUAUGAUCCACCUCACGGAAGCAGCCAUGUUACUGAUGACCCUGACAGCGAUGGGCGCCCACCAAGACUCCGCCCCCCUCACCGGAGACAACUACCACUCCGCCGUGGUACAGUCCAGGAAGUGGACCACUUCCACCAUGACACCGUUCAAUGCUAACUUAGCUGCUGUGUUGUACAAAUGCACCCAAAACGGCAACUUCCAAGUGAACGAAGAAUACCAGGUACUUUUCCUAGAAAACGAGCGACCAAUGAACUUGCCAGGCUGCAGAGUCGGGCUCUGUGAUUGGUCACUCAUCAAAAGCCGUUACGGGGACCUUACAAAGAACUGCGACCUCAAAUUUUGUAACUCCGGUAACAAUUUGAAUGGUUUAACUGGCAUCAGUAUUGCAAUCCUUGGUUUUAUUGUUAGCUACGUCAUCAGGAUAUAAAGAAGUAUUAGAAUGCCUAGGUCAAAAUAUGUGUUUUCCAUUUUGUUGCAAUUUUGUCGUUUGUUCGCCAUUUCUGAGUAACUGUUGUAAUUUGAAUUAUUUUUCUCUCUUUCUUUAACUGCUAAGGAAAUAAAGAAAUAGCGAUAGAAUAUUAAGCAUAUUAGCCAUUCAUCUACAAGUCUGCAACAGAAGUUAAGAGCAAAACAAAAAAGUCUUGUAUCCCUUUCUCAUAUUUGCAGAUAAAAGAAGACGGGGAUAGUUUUAAAUUGAGUCUAAUAUGAUGUAACAGCAAGCAAUUAGAACGUAAUUUACUCAGAGACUCAGAGAUGACAAAAUACAAACGUAGAACUUUAGUCAUAACAUCACUAGUAGGAAUUAAACUCUUUAUUUUUCAUAUUGAGAAAAUUAUGUAAUUAGGUACUUAUUUAAACGUAAUGUUUUUUUUUUAUAUACAAAACCAUCUUGUAUUAUUCGAUGUAAACUUCAAAAUGGCUGAUCGCUAUUCGCGCGCAUUUUGUUAUUAAGGGGACGCUCUUUUUUGCCCAUUCUCGCGCCAUUUUCAGUAACCAUAAACUUUGAAGUCUAUAUUGUUUAACAUAAAAAAUAUUCAUAAAUAAGAUAAAAAUUUGCCUCUCUUUCGCACCUCUAUGGUACAAUUUUAUAUUUAUAAAAUCAAAUAAUUACGAUUUACUUUGUAAAUACACGUUUUCUGUUAAAUCUUCACUAUUUAAUGCUUUUUAAAUGUGUGUAAAUGUAUAUGGAAGUAAAUAAUGUAUUAGAAUCAAAUGUAACGCACGCUUUUUUAUAAAAAUCUAAUUUAUAUUUAUUUUAUUAAUUAUGUGUCCAUGUAUUUUAGAGAGCUUCUUUGUGGUUAUCAUGGACAAAUGGUGUAUUUUUUCUUCUAAUUAAAAUAUUUAUCAAUUUUAUCGUUUCAUAGUACUUAUAAAACUUAUAAUUAAGCACAAUUUAUGUAUUUACAAAAGUUGUUACUUUAUAAGUUAACGCUUAAUGUUGAUGUUUGAGAAUAUAAUAAUAUUGUUGUUGUAACUCGCACCAAAUAGAACUAUCUAAUAGUUGAAAUAAAACGUUUUAAACUAA